CAUUCAAAGGUAAAACUAUUUCAAUUCCACAAAUAUCUUGUGACUUUGUUCAAUUUUAAGUCCUCCAUACAUUUUGUGCACACAUGUAUUUACAUGUUACACGAAUUAGAAGCAUUGAGAUGUGGAACAUUUGAUAGAGGAUUAGAAUACCAUAAACUGGCAGUUGCUAAAUAUUUGAUAUGUCUCUAUCAAAAUAUGCGUCUACCCAAGAAACGACGAAUAUUGCUCGACUGGCACGGCUCAUACUGGGUCCCUGUACCGAUGUAUUGCGUGACAUUCUGAAAAAAGAAGUUUUGCCGUCAGAUUUAUCAAAAACAGUUAAAGAAUAUACAGACAAACAACUUAAACUUAAAAAAAGAAAUCCACUCAAUAGAUCACAUUUAGAAAUCAUUUUUCCUACCUCACAAACAGCAUACAGUGGCGAUUAUUCCGAUUUUGACAUAUCUUUAUUGUACUUACUUCUACGAAAUGUAAGUAAAAUACCUCCACAUUCGGAAGGUUGGGGAGAAAUUCCCAGACCAGGAGAUAAAAGUGUUGCAGCAAACAUUGAAAGGCUUCGCCUUUUAAGAAACAAAUAUUAUGGACACGCUGCUGAUCCUUCUCUUUCCGAAUCAAAGUUCAGAGCGGAAUGGCGGAACAUCCGAGAUAUCUUUGUAGAACUAGAGAACUACCUUGGAACCACAGGGGUGUACGAGGAUGCCAUCAACACAAUACAAACCUGCUCCAUGGAUCCAGAACAAGAGAAAAAAUACAUUGAGUUACUUGGAGAUGUGAGAGAAUUUCAUAAGACGGUGGAUAAUCUAUCAAGUCAGAUCCAGACUAUCCAGAGAGAGAUGAUACUGCCUCGUGAUCCAAGAAUAGCUAACAUGAUCGAAACAACCCGAAAAAUGGUAUCUAUGCAUCAUGAAGCUUUAAGCCAUUUAUUAGUGAGGACUUAUGCGUUUGACAGAGCAAAGGAGCUGAUAGAUACUAAUGGCUUUGUGGUUCUAACGGGAAACCCUGGAACUGGAAAAACAACGAUAGCCAAAUAUUUAUUGAAGCAACUAAUGGAGGACGGAAAACCUCCUCUUCAGCUUAGUAAAUUCACAGACUUGUACGGAAGCAUUUCACCCGGAAAUGGUAUUGUAGUUUAUAUUGAUAAUGUGUUUGGGGAAUGGUCUUUUUUAAACAGUGAUGUUCAAGAAUAUACAUCAACAACUGAAAAGGUAAAAGCCUUGACAAAAUCUGAUAUUUAUGGGAAAUCAAACAUUUUGAUAUUUACAACAAGAAAUGAUGUUUAUAAGGAAUAUAUAAGCAAGGGAAAGGAAAACAUUGAUGCUUUUUUUCGCUCAUCAAUGAUUGAUCUAUCAAAUAACACAUAUGCAUUGCGAGAAGCAGAAAUUCUUCAGAUGUCAAAAAAUUACAAUUUAUGUAAAACCAUAAAUGAUAAUGACCUUCUAAUUAAGGUUGAUAAAAUGCCUAUAUCAAUAGGAUUUCCACAAUGUUGUAAUCUGGCUAGAAACAAUGAAGCCAUUAAACAGAAAAUAUCUGAGUUUCUAAUGGAACCUAUGACUUUUUUGAGUGACUACUUCAAAAAUCUCUUUAAAAAUCGGACUGCAAAAGUUGCUGUACUUGUAUAUCUUCUCCUUUGUGGGGGUAAAGUGGAAUUCAAAGUAAUCGAUAAACCUCACGUAGACUUAGAAACGAAGCGUGUCGCUCUAAAAUUUGUGGGUUUAAAGGCGUCUUCCCUGAAUGAUUUCCAAGAUAGUAUUGAUUGUUAUGAUGGAUUUUUGAUCAUUCGAGAUUCAAUAGAAAAUAUCUGUAGGUUUUCCCACAGUUCAGUGCAAGAGUCUCUUUUUACUGCUCUUUUUUAUUUGGAUCCUAAGCGAAUGAUACAGGAUUGUCACCAUUCCUUGCUACAAAAAUUGUCAACAAGUGAAAAACGAACAGAAACACAAGUUUUAAUUGGGCAAGAUUUAUUUGAUGAUGUGGCAUCUCGUAUUGCUAAUAUCAUUUCAAAAAGGGUUGUUACUGAAUACAAGUCGAUAUCUUUGUUGGCAUUAUGGAAGGAUUCACACUUUAAUGAACACAUGUUAGCAUCAAAGCCCUGUAUCUCUCGAUUUGAAAGUUGUUCUGAUACGAACGGAGAUUCAAUGAUGGUGCAUUUUUCAAGAGCUGGAAAUAAACGAUGGGUAGAAUACUUACAUCCAAAUUCAAAUGAAGAUGAAAGAUAUCGGUCACUUAACGCUGCUUGCUCAAAAAAUCAUUACGAUAUUUUCAGUCUUAUUUUGUCCUCUGGUGCAGUAUGUGAUAUUCAAACAUGCUUUCAUGCCGUAGAAAGUGGUAAUUUAGAAUUACUACUUCAAGUGUGUGAAUUUGCAGAUCUUCGUCAAACAUGGUGUACAGCUAACCCAUUGUGGAGUCCUGGCAGACACAGUUUACUUCAGGAAAUAUGUCUUAAAGGGCAGAUACAAUUUAUUGAACCCAUUCUUUCAAAAUAUCCCUUUCUUUUGCAUAUUACAGACGACAAGGGUUUUGAUGCAUUACAAUACGUUGCCUGUUUUGGGAACGAGCAUGCAUUCGAUAUACUUCUGAAAUUUGGCUCUGAUCCGUAUGUUAAAGAUAAACAAUUUGGUCAUACGGUUCUCACAGGCGCAUGUCUAGGCGGAAGAAUAGAUAUCGUUAAAUAUCUAGCUAAAAAAUACCCUGCAUUACUCCAUUACCAUACAGAUAAUCAAGGGAGAAGUCUCUUGUACUGGGCAGCUUUCUCUGGGAAAAUCGAUGUGUUUGAAUAUAUAUCAAAUAUUUUUGAGGAAGAAAAUAGGAUGUCACAAAAUAGGAUGUCAUAUUCAGCAGGUAGAGGAAAGCCUAAAGCGAAUGGAAGAGAUGAAUUAGGACAAUCUGUUCUCCAUAUCGCGUGUGAAAAUGGUCAUUAUGAGAUGUGUAGUUAUCUUUUAAGAAAAAACCCUGGGCUUCUGGAUGUUUGUGACAAUAAUGGAUUAAAUGUCCUCCAUUCUGCAUCAUUAGGGGGAAGCGUAUCUCUUUUUCGAUACUUAUCGACAAGAUUUCUAAAUAUUUACUCUACAACUGAUAGUGGAAAGACUGUAUUGCAUAUAUGUUGCGAAAGAGGUAAACAUAUGAAAAUGUUCAAAUAUCUGAUUCAUAAGCAUCCUUAUUUAUUAUACGUCACAGAUAACGAAGGAUGGACUGUGUUACAUUCAGUUUGCUCUGGUGGGAAUGUCGAAAUGUUUUCUUUUCUUGUCACAAAAGGUUUAGAUCUUUUUACAUUGACAAAUGAUGGUAAAAGUAUCCUGCAUAUUGCUUGUCUCAGUAAAAAAUAUGAGAUGUGUAAGUAUGUAACCGAUCAUUAUCCUGAUUUAUUGAAGACAAGAGACAAAAAUGGAUGGACUGUGUUACACGUAGCCUCCUUUGUUCAGGCUUUGGACUUCUUAAGAUAUCUUCUUAAGAAGGAUAUAGACAUCACUGCAGAAGAUAAUGAAAGGAAAAAUGUUCUUCACAUUGCAUGUGUGACAGGAAAUAUAGAAAUUUGUCAGUUACUAAUAAAGAAUUCCCCAGAAUUGCUUCAUAAAAAGGAUCUUUACGGACGCACUGUUCUCCAUUGUGCCAAGGAAGCAGAGGAAACGGAACUAGUUGAGUAUUUAACUGGUCUGGGACAGGCUUUUGAUAAGUCAAGGAGAACAACUGCUGGCUGUUUCUCUUUUUUUCGGUCUAGAAGGCGUUAAACAUUUUUACAAUGCAUGGUUUUCAAUACAAGUACUUCGCCUGCGUCAGACUGUAUUUCGAAAUUCAUCACUUUUUUAUUUACUUGAGUUGUUACAGGAAUGAUUCUUAGUUGUAAAAAUCGCUUUAUUUAAUUCUUUUUAUUCGAUAAUAAAAACAAUAUCUAUACACCGGGGAACCGUGUAUUCAUCAAUAUAUUUUUACUUUGUUUUCAAACGAUGCGUUAUAAUUGUGUGACUAAGUUACGGCAAAGACUCUUGAUUUAAGGAAGGUCGUGGGUUUGCUUUUGUCAUCAAUUUUGGUACACAAUUUCGACGAUUCGAGCGGUUGUUUUAUGCACAUUUGUUUAUGACGUCAGUUACGUCACAAAGGCAACGUUAUGUUGUUUCCCUUUUAAUUCUCUGCAAAUGACGUUGAAAUUUCUGUACGAAUCAAAUAGAUUAAUACAAAGUAAAUGCUAUUGUACAUGUCUUAUAUUUAAAUAUCAGUCUGAAUUCUGAUAUGUGAUUGUAUGUUAUGUCUUAGGAAUAAUUAAAUACAAUACCAAAUGAAAGGAAUAAUUUAAAUUGUAAGUGUAACUUACUGCUGAAAGUCAAUCAGAACAAAUCAGCGUAAAAGUUAUGGUAUGUAGAAAGACAUGUAUCAUGAAUAAAAAUUACUUAGCGGAAAUAUUGGGGGGUUGUAUGUGCGCACGUUAUUUGAAACUCAGGGGAACAUGCGUAUUGUAUCAUGACUGCUGAUCAAAGCCAUGGCGAGAACAUGCGUAUAAUUUUCAGGAUAGAAUCAAUCCUCAUUACUAAAAGCGGAUUAAUUUUAAUUACAUGUAUUUUAUGUUUUGUUAUUUUUUAUUAUCACCAUCAUUAUCAUUAUUGUUUGGUUGUUAUGUAUUAAAUUUUAAACAAGCAAACUUCACAAAGUUAAAACAUACUUUUGUCCAAGUCCUGUAAAAGUUGGGAUAAUCCCCUCCCUUUUCGAAGCUAAAAAUAUAACCCAGAGUGAGAUACUGAGAGUUGUAGAUAGAGCGGAGAAGUUAUUUCAUUAAGCACAACUUUGAGAAUAGACUAAGGAAAAAUCUAAGGUAAGAUUGUUUCGUAAAACAGCUGUAACAAUCUGAGGAACUUCCUAAGUUCUAACUUAGGCAUAUUAACUUAGGUAUAUCUUAAGUUAUAUCUUACGACAUAUCUUAAGAAACGUUUGUGAAACAGGCACGGGUACUGUAAUACCUAUAAGACACUGUAAACAAUUUAAAAGUAUCACGUUUUUCUCUCUAUAUUUUUUUAAACAAAAGCUCAAAGUGUAAAAGCUAAAUGCGAGUGUUUUACAUUUUGCGUAUUGAAAUUCGAUUCAGAGAAUUCGAAAUAAAAAAAAGGUUUGAGAUUUAGGGCCAAAUACUAUAGCUUGCGACGAAUAUAGAAAGAACAUUGCACCCCCCCCCCCCCCCCCCCCCCCCCCCCCCCGGCCGCUUAUUUCCUUAGUAUCGGGAUGUUUUUCUUACCGUUUACGAAUAAAGUGAUCAAAUUUUUUUGUUAUGCCUUAAAUCCUAUUGACCAUGAAUUUCCUAAAAAUACAGGUACUAAUAUUUUUUCACUCGCGUUGUUGCCGCUGUAUAAUAAUUAUCAUGCACGCGGAAUGUUUAUACAGUUUAUUCUGACUUUGUGAUCCAGAAAAUAAUUUCACAAUACUAGUGAAAAUAAGUUGCUGGUCAUCCUAAUAUGUCUCCGCAAUAAAUAAAAUGAUGAAUAAAAUCUAAUUUUGUAUCUUUGUCGCCUUUUAAAUCAUGCAUAUUCCAAAGGUCAAGAUAUUUAUAUUCGUACUGUAAACUUGACUACGUUCAACAAAUGACGUUGUAGAUAUCAAUAACGCCAUAAACGCAACAAUUUUAGCAGUAUAAAAGAAAACUGAAAUUAUUAAGCGAAAAGUCUAGCGAGAAGACAUAUUUAUUUUUUUUUAUAAUAAUAGUUUUGAUUUUACCUCGUCCUGACAUUUUGAAAUUCCUGACUAAUUCGCCUACGUCUUUAAAAAGUUAUACAGAGACUAUUUUCACAAAAUUGGCUUAAAAACGUCAUUUUCCAAUACAUUUCAAUAGUACAGCGUAAAAAGUACUAACAACAAUACUGCGUUUACAGUAAUAUAGCAAUAAAACUACGUAGGCAAAUUUAAUAAAAAAUGCAAAUAAUACGCUGUAAAUUCUAAGGAACCUUAUAUCAAAUUCUCAGGAUAUGUUUUCUCGUAAGAAUUUUCAUGCAGUAAACCCGCGACCAACCUUAAGAGCAAUAUUACUGUAAUAAUCUAAAUCCUAGCCGAGAGAGAACUCAAGUAAUCCUUUUUUUAUAUUUGUUUUAACAAAAUGUAAGGAGGAAAUAGUUUUUAUUUAUCAACAUUUAUUGUGUACUUAUUCAUUGUUAAUAUACAUGUAUAAAGUUUGUGGGCAGUGAUCUAUUUUUCUUCAUUCUCACAUCAUACAGCAUUAUAUACAUCUAUCAACAAAAAAAACAGGUGUUUUUAUGGGAGAGAGAGAGAGAGAGGGGAGAAAAAAAUCAUUGAAACAAAAGAUUCAGUUAAGGUAUUUUUCUAGUUAUAUGAAAUAUACAUGUGAAAGACUGUGUGGAAUCUCUUACCUGGAUUUUAUUUGGAUACAUGUACACUGAGUUGACGUGUAAAUGGAAUUCACUGUAUUGAUGACCUCGAAAUAUCAUAAUGUCGAAUUGAAUGCAACACAA